AUGGGUCACUUGGAAGCCUUAAAAUACCUCACAAAACAUCAGCGCACUGAUGUGUUUCUUAAAGAUGUUGAUGGCAACACAGUUUUGCACAUAGCGGCCAAGGAGGGCUUCAGUCACAUCUGUUGGCUAUUGUUAAAUGCAGGUGAUUGCAGCUUGCUACACAUUCGAAAUAAACACAAUCACACCCCAUUGGAUUUAGCUCAACAAAGCACCAAGCCAAAGCCUGGACAUCAUGAGCUAAUUCCAUUCUUGUCCUACCUGGCUCAGAAGAAUCCCAACCAAAAGCCGAGCAGUCCAUAUUUCAUUUGGUGCUUUCAACUCCUACAACCAGGUUUUGUUUACACAAUUAUGAUUGUUAUUGCUCAUUUGACAGGUGACCAAUACCAAGGAAUUGUGGCAGCCGCAUCUCUCCUCUAUAUUAUGUAUCUGCUCAGGAAAAAAACACACAGAAUGAAACAUAUCUGCAGAUGGCCAAAUCCAAUGUUUGCAGGAAUGUUUUCAGCCGGUCUUCUCUAUUCUUUCUUCACGUACUACUUCAUUCUUUUACCUUAUACAAGAGAAUACAUAUUUUUACACUGCCUUUCCCCUUUUCUCACUGUUCUUCAGCUGUACAUAUACUGGAAAAUACUGAGAGUUGAUCCUGGUGCUGUUAGGUAUUCCAUGGCCAAAGAUGGAAAUAAUAUGCCUUACACACUUAAAGACUUGUGUGUACCUCCUUUAAAGGUAGAAGCAUUUUGUGCUGAUUGUGAAAUUGUGCGUGGUCCAAAAGUGAAGCACUGUCGUUUGUGCAAUUGCUGUUACCAGGACAUGGAUCAUCACUGCCUUUUCUUGUUGAAAUGCAUUGCAAAGGAUAACCAUGCCAUGUUUGUCUGGUUUCUCAUUUGCUGUGCAGUCUCUCUUUCUUUCUUUCUGCUCACCAGUCUUCUCUAUUGCAACAGUGUCUACAGCGGUUACUCCCUGCUAGAGAUAGGCAUUGCAAUGUUACGGGCUGACGUAUGGAUCCUCAGCCUCUCUAUGAUGAACCUCUUUUCCUUGGUGUGGAUCAUCACUCUGAUCCGUUUCCAGCUCAUUGUCAUUUCUCAAGGGAACACUACAUAUUUCAACAAAACAGACAGUGUCUUGUCAUCCACAGAAAAACUGCUCAAUAUUGCAUACUUUUUACAAGGAAAGAAACCUUUUGCCACGGAUCCAUUUUCCACGUAA